AUGGCGCUGCUAAUUCUCCUAUUUAUGGCUGCGUGUGCAUUCGGAGCGGACGACGGUAAGUGUGUGUUUUAGGGAGCAAUGAGCUUUCGUCUCUCUCCUCAAAAUACCUUAAAUACUCCGCGACUAUCAGAGUAAAACCAUAUCAUUGGUACAAAAUAUGAUUGUUCUGAUUGUUCAUUACUGGGAGACUGAUUAAACUACCCGAACUUUUGAGCCGGUUAACGUAAGCGGCCCUUACCUCAGGGAAUAGAUAGCACUUACGAGACACUAGUCUUCCAUUGGCUAUUCCAGAAGCCAAACAUCUUAUUGCAUCAAUUGAACUGUCUUAAAUUUACUCCUCACUGCUUUUAUACUUUUAUAUUCCAGUUGCUUUGGAUAUCUGUCACAUGCCGUUCGAGAUCGGCACUUGCGAUUCAUUUGACGGCAGAUACGGCUACGACCCUAAGAUCGGCAAAUGCAAGGAAUACAUAUAUAGCGGUUGCGGCGGAAAUGCAAACAAUUUUUUAACUGAAGAAGAAUGUGAAAAAGCAACCAGAGCAUGCCGAGAAAGAGGUAAGUCAACAAGUAUUUCCCACUUCUUUCAUGUCUGCCAUCAUACCCACCUUAAAACAGUCGGCCACUUGAUGCCACAAUGCUGAUCGGCAAGGCAUGGAUAAGUUCAUUGGGCAUUUUCGAUCGCAACCGACAGAACAUCAGCCCCUUGGUUCAGUGGUUAGAGGCGGUGGACAUCUACUUACUAGGUCGCAAGGUCAAUCCCCAGGUAUUCCAAACUUCGAGGUUGGGCAUGACUGACUGACGACGGCAACUAAGCCAGGAAUGGCCAUUCCAGUCUCCUUUGUCUUUGCCGGUAAUAAAAUUCUGCAUAUGUCAUGCGCCGCUGUGCGGCUGCUGGUUGGGAUCGAGAGAGAGCCCGUAAUGCACAACGGGAGGAGUGAGUUCCGUCAAAACGAUCAGUGAGCGCCAUCCUCUGUCAUGGAUAAGUCCAUUCACACAAAAUGAACACUGACCCAUCUGAAAUAUCUGGGCUGUGAUUUACAGGCUCAUAUCAUGGUGAAUACAUGCAGGCAAAAAGUGACUGUAUCAGUGGGAACGCGCGUCACCUAUCCACCUAGAAUGUAACCCGACUUACGUAGUCGUCUCACAUCCCAGAAUCGUAAGCCAGGCGCGAACUACUAAGGAAAUAACGAAUUUAAGGACGGAUGCAAGAGAGACCGGCAUGUAGCUGUUCAUAAUAUCAAGAUACGCACUACAUGCGAGGUGGCUGAAUUGCAUAUCAGCUGACAAGCAAUCACACCAUAAGCAUUUGGUUUAAUAUUUAGUUUAUGUUCGGUUUGAUGUUAGGAUAAGGAUUGAGUCUAGGGCAGCUUUCGGACGCGAACCCUAAUAUUUGUCGUAAGACUAUCCGUCAUACGGAAAAAGUACCUACGCUCAUGCCAAAUAUGGCGCUUUAUGCACUUUAUUCCGAAUCCCGCCUUUAACUUAUUGGAUAACAUUGAUGGAUCAGUAAGACGUACCCUAUUCAAUCAUCUUAUUUUUUGCUGUACCGAAAUUCAUCUGCAAAGCUGAUUUUAUUAGAGGAAAAUUUACUGAAAAUAUUCCUCUGGCAGAUCCACAUCUUGCAGAAAGUCACAUUUAUCUUAUUUAGUCCUUGAGUUAAUGGGAAUAUUUUGUAACGGACAUAAUGUACCAUCACGUUGUACGGUCCGGUCACCGCGUGCAUAUGGGAUAAUUCACAGCAGAUUAGGUGAAAUCAUGCGUUAAUUACAGUCCUUACUGGCAAAGGCAGGCUACAUUUAGAUCCUCACUUCCACAGAUCCGCAUCUUCCUCCUCAUCUUAAUCAUCGUUCGGAUACUAAUGAGUAAACUUUAGUACAGGGCCCUUGCAUGACUGUAGUAAGCAGCUGCUUAGUGUCUUACCGGGAUCGCAUUAUCUGAUGAUCAGACUUCCGAUUCUUGUAACCUAUGAGGCGCAAACGUCGCGAAAACCCUUUCUACUUCACGUAAAUAUCUAACAGAGAAAAUAUGUUUACUUAAUACAUUAACGUUUCUACGCUACUGAAUAAUGUAGCGGAACUAGAAACCCAAUUGCACGCAGACACGAGUAUAAUUUUUUACAUAGGUGAUCAACAUCUGGAUUAAAUACUCGCAGCCAACUAAGGUAUUUGGGCUGUGAUUUGCAGGUCCGUAUUAUGGAAAACAAAUUUAAGCAGGACUUGGCACUGGGUCAGUGGGAGAGCACAUUACCCACUCCCUUGUUUUGGCACACCAUACAAAGCUAUCACUUCACGCUUCGCAAUCUUGGGUCUAAACCAACGACAACUACAGCAUAGGACCCAACAGGAGAAAUGAAAAUAAUAAUAGUCGCUGGUAAUGGUCUGUUCCGACUGUUUUGCGGCUAGACAUUGCAUAUUACCAAUAGUAAGGGGCUGGAGCUGGAUCUCAGCUUAAAGUGUGGUUGUUUCUGACACGGAUAGCCUUGACCCACUGAAAACGAGUUCGAAUCUCCCGUGUUCCAGCGUCUAGGGCUCUUGAGUAAUGGUCUGACCACGGGGAGGAUGCUUAAUUUGACAAGCUACGUGUGACUUCCAAUGUAAAAUAUGCAAAUUAAUCAUUCACAAAAGUUUAUCACUCAAGGAACGGACCUACGUAAUGCAUAGAGUGUGGAUCUACUAUUUGGGCUCAAGGAAAAUCUUACUGAGGAUGGCAAAUGAUUUGAAAAUCUAUUCUGAAGUCUACAUUCCCUCCACUUUAUUCGAUCUUACCGGCUGACCUAAAUUCCGUACCAGGUAGUCGAUAAGAAUGAUUUUUGUCUUCAUUCUCUUAACCCAAUUCGCAUUUUUAUCAAUUGAGCCCCACCUUUUUUUAACUUUGUACGGCAUAGGUAAGCGGCAGAUAUAUUUGAUACUGAACGCGUUCAUGGGAAAAUGCUGUAGAAAGCAUUAUGUUCCAUGACGUCCUACGGCCCGUUCAUCGAGUACACCUAGGAUAAUUCACAGUCGACUGGGUGAAUUCAUGUUAUAAUUAAAGUCCUUUCUGGAAGAGACGGGCUACAGUUAGAUCAUCACUUCCACAGAUCCGCUUUUCCUUCCUCAUUUCAAUCAUCGUUCGGAUACAAAUGAGUUAAUUUUAGUACUGGGCUCUUGCUUGACUGUAGAAUGCAGUUGCUUAGUGUCUUAAUGAUAUGGCAUAAUAUGAUAAUCAAACUUUUGAUUCUUGUCAAUUAUAGGGCAUAACCGUCGCCAAAACCCCUUCUACUUCCCGUAAAUAUCUAACAAAGAAAAUAAGUUAGCUAAAUACACGAGUGUUUCUACGCUGCUGAAUAAUUUCGCGGAACUAGCAACCCAAUUGCACGCAGACACGAGUAUAAUUUUUUACAUAGGUGAUCAACAUCUGGAUUAAAUACUCGCAGCCAACUAAGGUAUUUGGGCUGUGAUUUGGAAGUCCGUAUUAUGGAAAACAAAUUUAAGCAGGACUUGGCACUGGGUCAGUGGGAGAGCACAUUACCCACUCCCGUGAUUUAGCACAUUAUACAAAGCUAUCUAUUUACGCUUUGCAACGACAGCGACAGCACAGAACUCAAAAGUUACAGGAUUAAUGAAAAUGAUGAGGGUCGCUGGUUAGGUCAGUUCCGACUGUUUUACGGCUAGACAUUGCCUAUUACCCAUCGUAAGGGACUGGGCUGGAUCUCAGCUGAGGGCGUGGUUGUUUCUGACACUGCCUGUAUUUCAGUUUUUUAUUUUUGUCCCAGGCCCAUUAACUGUGGGUGUUGACAUUCAGUUCGUCUCCCUCAUAAACUGAGAUCACACCUAUUAUCCAUAGACUGACUGCUGUACAGCACACUUGGUAAUGUUGCUGUUUUCAACACUUUGAGCAAUUCGUUUAUCCGACUGAUUCCGAAAACUUUGUCAAUCGGAAAAAAUCAUCUGCAGCUGUUUGAUGCUUCCAUUUUUAAAUUUGUUAAAUAAUUUGCUUCCUUUUAACAAACAGCGAGCUCACAGUUUCAAAACCUGUUUCCCUCAUAUAAACUGAAACCGAAAAAUUGAAACGUGUGCCCUUGACCCACUGAAAGCGAGUUUGAAUCUCCCCUGUUCCAGCGUUUAAGGCUCCUGAGUGAUAAACAGAUCACGGGGAGGAUGCCUGAAUUGACAAGUUGCGUGUGACUUCCAAUCGAAAAUAUGCUAGUUACUCAGUUGCCAAAGUUUAUUCCUCAAGGGAUCGAUCAACUCAAUGCAUAGGGUGUGGAUCUAAUAUUUAGGCCGAAGUAAAUACUUGGUGAGGAUGAAGAACGGUUUGAACAUUUAUUUUGACCUUUACAUUCUCGCAACUUUAUUCGAUGUUACCGACCGACCUACAGUGAGUGACCGAUUUCACGAAAUAUCGGCUAAAAUUCUGAGAUGCGCUUUCAAUUAGGAAGAAUUACGUAGGUGUGGUUGUAAUACUGAUUAUCCCGCAGCAUAUUACUACCAUAUAUUUGACUCGACAGGAUGUCAGCUUUUAAAUACGCUUCUUUUCAAUCUCCUAUGCAAAUUGUAGUUUGUAGAAAGUGACUAAUUAAGGAGCAUGUAUUUUCCGCAUUGAUUUUCGAUGGUCUUGCAAAUUUAAAUAUAUUGCGUAGAAACCAAAAAACAAGAAUAUGCUUUCUUUCAGUUUUUAGAGAGAGAAUCACGUCGGCUUUAUAUUGUUUUCGUGAAGAAGGAGUAUAUUUAGGUUUUAAAAGUUUUCCAAUUCGUGAAUUAUUGGGAAGCUGAUUAAUCGUUGCAUUAGCGCUCAGGGAUUUUGUCUACAAGGUGCAUGCGUUCCGCGUAAAGAAAAUCACAUAUUCUUCGGUGCCUUUAAAAAGAUACCAGACAUGGUCCAGGGAAUUUUGCAAUGAAUGCGGACCGGUUUGUACUUUUUAUGUGGAGCAGUAAUAACCGGACAGGUAAGAUGCUCUAUGAGUGGACUUUGCAUGUCCUAAAAAUCCCACAAUUAGAAACUUCUUUAAAACUUUAAUAUACUCCUUCUUCGAGUAUAAAAUAUAAAGCCGACGUGAUUCUCUGGCUAACGACUGAAAGAAAGCAUAUUUUUGUUUUUUGGUUUCUACGCAAUAUAUUUGAAUUCGAAAGACCUUCGAAAAUCAAUUGGGAAAAUACAUGAUUCUUAAGUAGUCAUUUUUACCAACUAUAGUUUCCACAAGAGCUUGAAAAGCAGUGUAUUUAAACGCUGACAUCCUGCGGAGUCCGAAAUAUGGUAGUAUUAUGCCGCAGAAUAAUCAGUAUUACAACCCCGCCUAAGUAAUCCUUUCUAAUCGAAGGCGCAUCUCAGAAUUUUAGCCGACAUUUCAUGAGAACGGUCACUUACUGUAAAUUCCGUUCCAGGUAGUCGAUAAGAAUGCUUUUGUUUUCAUUCUAUUAACCAAAUUCUUAUUUUUAUCAAUUGAAAUUCUACUCUUUUUAACUUUCAGACGUCAGACGGAGUGAGGGUUUUCAGGAAAGCAAUCUUGCGUUGACUGUGUGGGGAAGAACAUCUUCACUGUGUAUUUGGCUGGCAAUCCUUCAGUUGCUGGGACUUUUUUUACAGUGA